AUGUCUUCUGCAUCAAGUUAUCCGUGUGGUGUGUGUAAAUUUUUUCUCAUCGUGCAGUGUUUCAAUGAAGGCUUCACCCCCUUCGUCUUUCGUUUCAUUCGUUUCUCGGUUCUUUCCUCCUCGCUAGCUCCGAUCCGAUCGCUACUCACCUGGACAGGGUUUCGUCCGUUCGCCCGAUUGACCUAUGGGGUCUAUCUUGUUCAUCCUCUUAUAAUACUGUUUCUUUGCCUGGGUGGACAGUAUCCGAUAAUAUUGGAUAACUUAUUUCUGGUAAGUUGCCGUCGACAAAGCGCAUUGUGGUUGCCACUUGCUGGGUCUGCAGAUCAAAUUAAGUUUGACACAGUUGUAACACCCUUUCGGUGCCUAACUGCCAUGCAACCCGGGGGUAGCACGAGGGCUGAGAUACUGCCAGGUUGCUCAAGCCUAAACAGGGGGAGUCGAGAGGCAGUGAUCUCCCUAUUCCUCGCAGUUUUUACACUGAGCUACGGAUUUGCCUACCUCCUCUCGAUGAUGACGGAAUCACCCACUUUGGCUUGUGAAAAACUCCUGGGUCUACGCUAA